AUUAGAAAAAAGGAACACAUACACAAAAACCACGUACGCUCUGUAUUCAAGGACACUCCCAAUGUAGUUGGUAAGGAAUACACUUAGGUUCCCUUUGAUACGAAGGAAAGAAAAACGAAGUUCUAGCUCGAAUGAUGCCUAUCAACAAUGUCUUUGACUGACUUUUGUGCUUUCCUUGUAUCACUUGGCUGUUUCCUUGGCAUGUUUCUUGUCUUUUCCGUUUUACUUGCUGGCGGUUAGAUUCUUUUCCCUUGCCUUCGUAUAUGUUUUUAUCCUUUGUCACGGUCACUUCUUCCUCUUUCAGGUAUAUAUAUAUAAUAUAUUCAUGAAAGCAACCAUGACACAAGACGAAAUUUUCUUUUCUGUUAUUUCCCUCGGCACAUUUGAGUUGUAUCAAAAUUAAGACAUGGCAACAGAAGAGUCGAACUCUCCGCAGAAUAUACCAACCUGGGUGAUUGCUGCUGUCUGUUUUGUCAUUGUUCUCAUAUCUCUUAUUGCAAAACGAGGCCUUCGUCGCUAUGGGAAGAGAGCGGGGCUGUGUGGAGAAGAGAGAAAAUCUCGGUCUUUAUCAUCGCCGAGAACAAUGACGAACGGUGGUGAUUUAGUGGAUAACAACUGCACUGCUACUGGUGGUUUUGAAGAUAUGUACGGUGAGGAUAGUGCCACGUUGGAUCAGCCUGUCACUCCUUGGACUGUCUCUGUUGCUUGUGGUUAUUCCUUGAUGCGGGACCCACAUCACAACAAAGGGCUUGCCUUCACUGAGAAAGAAAGAGAUGCCCAUUACCUGCGUGGCCUUCUGCCCCCUGUUGUUCUCAGUCAGGAGCUUCAGGUGAAGAAGCUGAUGCACAACCUUCGCCAAUAUAAAGUUCCUUUGCAACGAUACAUGGCCAUGAUGGAUCUUCAGGAGCGGAAUGAACGACUUUUCUACAAGCUUCUCGUUGAUAAUGUGGAGGAACUGCUCCCAGUUGUGUACACUCCAACAGUUGGUGAGGCUUGCCAAAAAUAUGGCAGCAUUUUCAGGCGUCCUCAGGGUCUUUACAUCAGUUUGAAAGAGAAGGGGAAGAUUCUGGAAGUAUUGAAAAACUGGCCUGAGAGAAGUGUUCAAGUUAUUGUAGUAACUGAUGGUGAGAGAAUUUUGGGACUUGGAGAUCUUGGUUGCCAGGGAAUGGGUAUACCUGUAGGAAAACUUUCUCUAUAUACAGCUCUUGGGGGAGUCCGUCCCUCAGCUUGCUUGCCUAUAACUAUUGAUGUUGGGACAAACAACGAGAAGUUGUUAAAUGAUGAGUUUUAUAUUGGGCUCAGGCAAAGGAGGGCAACUGGACAGGAAUAUGCUGAACUUCUUCAUGAGUUCAUGUCCGCAGUUAAGCAGAAUUAUGGGGAGAAAGUCCUAAUACAGUUUGAGGAUUUUGCAAACCACAAUGCAUUUGAGCUGUUGGCAAAAUACAGUUCUACUCAUCUUGUUUUCAACGACGAUAUACAGGGUACAGCAUCUGUGGUGCUGGCUGGUCUUCUGGCAGCCCUGAGAUUACUUGGUGGAACUCUCGCUGAUCAUAGGUUCUUGUUCCUGGGUGCUGGAGAGGCUGGAACUGGUAUAGCUGAGCUCAUAGCUCUUGAGAUCUCAAAGCAGACUGGAAAUUCAAUCGAAGAGAACCGCAAGAAGGUUUGGCUUGUAGACUCAAAGGGAUUGAUUGUUGACUCUCGCACGGAGUCACUUCAACACUUCAAGAAACCUUGGGCUCAUGAGCAUAAACCUGUCAAGGAACUUGUAGAUGCUAUCAAGGCAAUCAAGCCAACUGUCCUGAUUGGAACAUCUGGAGUGGGAAAACAAUUCACAAAGGAGGUUGUUGAGUCCAUGGCAUCCUUAAAUGAGAAACCUCUUAUUAUGGCUCUAUCCAACCCUACCUCUCAAGCUGAGUGUACAGCAGAAGAAGCAUAUACAUGGAGUAAGGGUCGUGCAAUCUUUGCCAGUGGAAGCCCAUUUGACCCCUUUGAAUAUGACGGCAAAGUCUUCGUGCCUGGCCAGGCAAACAAUGCUUACAUAUUCCCUGGAUUUGGUUUGGGUUUGAUAAUUUCUGGUGCAAUUCGUUUGCAUGAUGACAUGCUUUUGGCAGCCUCUGAAGAAUUGGCUGCCCAAGUGACAGAGGAACACUAUGAAAAGGGACUUAUUUACCCACCAUUCUCGGAUAUCAGAAAGAUAUCAGCCAAUAUCGCUGCUAAGGUUGCUGUCAAGGCAUAUGAACUUGGUCUGGCUUCUCACCUUCCUCAGCCGGAGGAUCUCGUUAAAUACGCCGAGAGCUGCAUGUACAGCCCAGUCUACAGAACCUACCGUUGAAAUUGAAGCAGAAUCCCAUACUUUGU